AGAGAGAGAGAGAGAGAGAGGAGAGAGAGAGAUCCUUGACGCUGCCUGGCCUGGGCUAACAGCUGGUCUGGUUAGCAGGACGUUCAUGGUCAUUGGGCCCACUGGCCAUGAUAUUUUGUUUGCUUUGCUUUGCAGCAGCAGCAGCAGCACAGUCAACAUUACCUCACACAGAGAGAAAACCCCCUCAGCCAGCUCUGCUCUGCUAACGCAGCAUUCCACCAGGCUGAGUCUCUUUGCCUUCCUCCGUACUCUGGAGCUGGCCAGCCAGCCCACACCCUCUGGACUCUCAUUGGCUCAAGGUGGUGUCCGUCACACCUCUGGAUUUUAAACUAUGCCCUUCAUCCAAUCCCAGGAGAGCUGUUGUUUCUUAAGGGUGAAGUGUGUCCAGUCAGGGGAGGCCUGGCUGCACCCCCUCCCCCCUUUUCUGCAUGUUCCCAUCCUCCCCCACAGGAAGUGCUGCUUCCCAGAGCUCAGAAACAGGAGGAGAAUUACUCUGAGCAGCCCCUCUGACACAUGAGAACAUUUCCACUGCCAGACUGGGGGAGAGAACUGCAAGAAUGCUGUGUGUGUGUGUGUGGUGUGUGUCUUGCUAUGUAAAAGACUGAGUUAGGUAUGAAUCUGACAUGACUGUGUACUCCAGGUUUCAGUGAUUCAACCUCAGAGAGAUUACAGAAUUCAUAAAAUGAUGAUUGUGUCAUCCGUACUCGAUGAGAAAAGCGGUAACGGGAUCAACAACAUGGCUGACCGAGGGAACAUGCUGCCUGGACACACAGAGACAGACAAUCUGAAUCAGAACAAGGACACAGUGUUCUUCAGGGACGGAGUCCGCAGGAUCGACUUUGUCCUGUCCUACGUCGACGACAGGGACGGAGAGAAGAAGCAGGAAAGAAGGAAGCAGUUUGAGGCCAACCUCCUCAAGGCAGGGCUGGAGCUGGAGACUGAGGAUAAAUCGGACUCUGAUGAUGGGAAGACGUACUUCCUGAAGGUCCACGCUCCGUGGGAGGUCCUGGCCACGUACGCAGACGUGCUGAAGAUCAAGGUCCCCUUCAAGGCCAGCGACAUGAUCCACACCCAGGAAGUUCCCCUGGAGUGGCUGUCCCGCCCCUUCCGCCUGCCGGAGAGGGUGAUGCGCCCCGAGCCCGACUACUUCACCUCGCCCUUCGACAAGGGCAAGAUCGACUUCUUCCUCAUCAACGACAAGGAGACCUUCUUCCCUCCCUCCACGAGGAACAGAAUAGUGUACUACAUCCUGGCCCGCUGUCCGUACUACAAGGAGGACCGCAAGGAAAAGGACAAGAAGGGGAUCAAGCGGUUACUUAGCAACGGGACCUACACUGCCGCCUUCCCGCUUCAUGAUUGUCGAUACUGGAAAAGGGCGAGGAACACGGAGUGUGAGAGUGAGAGAUACAACCUGUACAGACACUGGGCCGGGUUCCUCAGCUUCUACAAAGAGCAGCCUCUCAACCUCAUCAGGAAGUACUACGGGGAGAAGAUUGGGAUCUACUUUGCGUGGCUGGGUUUCUACACGGAGAUGCUGUUCUUCGCUGCGGUGAUGGGUGUCAUCUGCUUCACCUAUGGAGUCCUGAGCUACGACGACAACAUUUCCAGUAAAGAGAUCUGUGAUGCAGACAUUGGAGGCAGUAUAGUGAUGUGUCCGCUCUGUGAUAAGAAGUGCAGCUACUGGAAACUCAACUCUACCUGCCUGUCUUCCUGGCAAUCCCAUCUGUUUGACAAUGAGGGAACGGUGUUCUUUGCCAUCUUUAUGGGGAUCUGGGUGACCCUGUUCCUGGAGUUCUGGAAGCGGCGACAGGCCCGGCUGGAGUAUGAGUGGGACCUGGUGGAUUUAGAGGAGGAGCAGCAACAGCUGAUGAUCCGGCCCGAGUUUGAGAUCAAGUGCACCGGCCGCAGGCUCAACCGGAUCACGCAGGAAAUGGAACCAUAUCUCCCUGCCACCAGCAAGUGUGCACGCUUCUGUCUGUCUGGAGCUACCGUCCUCUUCUGGAUGUCUCUGAUCGUGGCCUGCAUCAUCGGCGUGAUCGCCUAUCGUCUGGCGGUGUUUGCGGCCUUCGCCAGCAUCAUGAAGGACAGCCCCACCAGGAAGAUCCAGCUGCUGGGCUCGCUCAUCACGCCUCAGCUCGCCACCUCGGUCACCGCCUCCUGCAUCAACUUCGUCAUCAUCAUGAUCCUCAACUUCUUCUACGAGAGGGUGGCCAUCUGGAUCACUGACCUUGAGAUUCCCAAGACCCACCUGGAGUACGAGAACAAGCUCACCAUGAAGAUGUUCUUCUUCCAGUUCGUCAACUACUACUCUUCCUGCUUCUACGUGGCCUUCUUCAAGGGCAAGUUUGUGGGUCACCCUGGCGACUACACCUACAUGUUUGGGUGGAGCAAACUGAGGAACGAGGAGUGUGACCCGGGAGGCUGUCUGAUCGAGCUGACCACCCAGCUGGUCAUCGUCAUGGUAGGGAAGCAGCUGUGGGGGAACAUCCAGGAAGCCCUGCUGCCUCUGAUGCGUAACUGGUGGGGCAGCAGGAAGGCCCGUAACCACCCUGAGCAGCAGUACAGCCGCUGGGAGCAGGACCAUGACCUGCUGAACUUCACCCAGCUGGGCCUCUUCUACGAGUACCUGGAGAUGGUCAUCCAGUUUGGCUUCAUCACCCUGUUCGUGGCCUCCUUCCCCCUGGCUCCUCUCCUGGCUCUGUGCAACAACAUCCUGGAGGUGCGCGUGGACGCCUGGAAGUUCACCACCCAGUUCAGACGGCCUGUGGCGGCCAAGGCACGCAACAUCGGAGCCUGGCAGGAGAUCCUCAACGUGGUGGCCAUCUUGUCUGUAGUCACCAACGCCUUCAUCAUGGCCUUCACCUCAGACAUGAUUCCCCGGCUGGUCUACCUGUACGCCAACCAUGAUAGUCACGAGGCAUCUAUGAGUGGCUACGUCAACAACAGUCUGUCAGUGUACAACAUCUCCCAGAUCCCCCUGUACAGCCAGCCAGAGGAGGGGGAGAGUCCGGCCUGGUACAACAACCAGACCAUAACCACCUGCAGGUAUAGAGACUAUCGCUACCCUCCCGGACACCCCAGGCAAUACGCACACACCAUGCAGUUCUGGCAUAUUCUGGCCGCCAAGCUAGCCUUUAUCAUCAUAAUGGAGCACGUGGUGUUUGUGGUGAAGUUCUUUGUGGCGUGGAUGAUCCCUGACGUGCCGUCGGAGGUGAAGGCCCGAAUCAAGCGGGAGCGCUACCUGAUCCAGGAGUACCUGCACAACUACGAGGUGGAGAAGCUGAAGAUCCAGCUGAGCCAGAGCUUCACCGUCGACCCCCCGUCCCAUCUCAGAUCCUCCUCAGAAAAGUGUGAAGUGCUGUCCGAGUGCCUGUAACCCCCCCCCCCCCCAUUACUCCUUGCCCUUUGACCCACCCACCCCCCACCCCACCCUUUGGAAUCUUUCUGCGUCUCCCCGAAUUCACCUUUGCUGAAAAUGCGGGAUCACAUGUAAAGGGCUUCCCUAAUAAGGUUAACGGUAUAUAUUCUCUUCAGUUUUUCAUAUUUCGUUUUCAUUUUUUUUACAUUUUGUUUCUUCUGUACGAUUGUGAAGUAGCUGCCAAACUUGAAUCCUAUAUUAGGACCUGCUUUGAGGCAGCAUCCUCACUUCAGUUUCGAUUCAUGUGAGAAUGAUUCCUGGAGCUUUUUAAAUGAGUGCAAUCCUGAGGAGCAGUUGCUGAUUGUGGCCCGCAGUAAGCCUGGUGAAGUAUGUGCCAAUUAGAUAAGUCUGAAAUCAUCAGAUGAUGAUGAUUCAGUGGUUUGAUAAAAAAGAUUUAGUGUUCUCCAUAUCAUAACUGCAUCAUAAAUGAUAUAAUCAUUGAACGUAUGAUUUCAAAUAUGUUAAUGAGUUCAGCACAGACUGCCUUCGAAGAGCAAAAUGCUUUGGCUUUCAUAGCAUCUGCCGUGUACUUUGACCUAGAAAAACGAAAUUAAUGAUAGAAUGUAAUAUCUUAAAUAUGAAAUCCCUUGACAGUAAUGCAAUGCGUGCAAUGUUUAGAAAAAUGUUGCUUUUAAAACUCUAAGUAAAGAAGCAGUGACUUCAGCCUGGGGAAAGAGACAACAAUGGUGGAAGGAUGUGCUGCUGUAUGGACCUCUAGAGCCAAAGGGAGGGUUAAUGUCAGUGGAUCUUAAACUGGGGGUUGGGGGGGUGGCUGCAGGUGGUUAUCAGUUUUGAAAAGGGAUCCUGACUGAAAUUGUUUGAGGACCAAGAAGUACCGUUAUCUCCCUCUGGGUUCUGCCAUCGUAAAUGUCUGCUACUUCAAAAGUGUUGAAGUGUCGACCCACUAACUGCCAUAGUGGAAAGGAUGUUUGCUGGCGGGUUUACACUCCAAACAUUGGGGGUUAGUAAUGGGACCAAAAUAUACUUUUGACAAUGUGGUGAGUCGAUAUAUACACUCACAGACUUGUUGAAGGUAGGCAUAUACACUCGUACAGAUCUGUCCUGUCUUAGUCAGACCACUCAUCCUAAACAAGCAACAGUCAAUGUGUCUACUGCUAGUCUUUGAAGUUCACCAUCCUUACCAGGUGUAUCUGUCAGUGGACUGUUCAGUCCAGACUUCAAGAUAGGAGGACAAUAUGUUACUGUCUGCUUUCCAACACAGAAACCUUAUUGGAUAUUUUUCUAAUUGCAGUUGAGACAGGAUCAAAUUGCUGAAAAAUUAUAAUAAAUGUGUUCAAGAUUCCUGCAUUGCUGGUCGGUAGACAGGAAGUGAACUUUUCAUGUGAAUGUGCAUAUUAAGGAAUCUCCAGAUUAAAGGCAGACUUGAUUGUGGGAGUUGUGGUUUGUAAGUUAGCUUGUUGUACAUAUUGUAUUUGUAAAGUACGCUAUAUGAAGUUAAUGCAACUAUAUAACAUGAAUACAAUUCACCUUAUAAUUUAUUGCUCAGAAACACAAUCAGAUUAUCCACAUGCUUAAGUCCACCAUUUACAUAUUUCAAAUAAAUGAAUAAGCUUAGCAGCUCCGGUGUUUUAGCUAGCACACGGCUGGAAUACGGCUUGUGACACUGCUACAUGUCUUCUAUCUCAGGUUAACCAUCCUUCCAGUGUCUGACACACACACCUCUCAGCCAUAUGCUGAAAGACAUGCUGGAGGAGAGAGGUUGUAUCUGUGAGGAGGAAGAUACAGGACCAACUGACCAAUGCCUUAAACAUCUGUUUUUUCAGCAGCUUCUCAUAUAUACUGCAAUGUCACUUUCUUGUAAUGUUUUUAAAAGCAUGUUUGUCAUAUCGUUUCAUGGUCACUAACACUUUCUCUCUACUUGACAUCCUAUGUAUGUGAUGUGUAUUGUCUUGCUUAAAGGUGCAUGCAUUGCUAGAUUGUGCUUGUUUGUCUAGUCCCAUUGACAACAAAUAUUAUUAACGUCAGCUCUCAGAUGGACAGAGAAUGUUGUUUGAAUAUUACCAAUAAAUAAGGAAACAUAA